ACCACAGAGCCCCAGCCCUCCGUGGCUCCCACGGGAGCCGGCGACCGCGAAGAGCAGCUGAUGGCCCUGUUCGCUCGGCAGGCGUCACUGAUGGGGGCCCUGGCUCAGAGCGGCGGUCGCCAGCCCGACGCGCCGUCGCUCCUCGCGGACGGCGGGCGCGACGACGGGCUUGGCGAGAGCUCUGGCAUGCGACUUGGCGGCGCGCGCGGCGCCGCCGCCCUGGAGCUGUUCCGACGCCAGGUCCAGAGCAGCCCCCAGGCCGUCUCCGCCCUGGCCAGGCGGAAUCGCCAGCUCAACAUGACGGGCGCUGCGAGCGAGGAGGGCAUGAGCGACUCCACGCGGAACUACUUCGCCCGCAACGUCCCGUUCGGGCAGGCGAGGUCGUCGGCCUUCCUGGUGUUCGGCAUGGCGGAGGUGUUCGACCUGAUGGGGCGCGGCGCGUGGCACGCCGCCGAGGCUCAGCUGGCGCUCCUCCUCUGCGCGUCGGAGCAGGCGGCCCUGAGGGAAUGGCGCUGGACGUCAGCCUGGCUGCUGACUCACCUGCCCGAGCCGCCCUGGACUUCGAUCCGCCAGGCGCCGGCCCGCGGCCAGAUCCGCCCCAUGUCCCGCUUGGCCUCGCCCGAGUGGGUCGCUGCAGCGAUCGGCUACACCAAGGGCACGCUGGCCCUCGAGGACGCGGAGCGGAAGCUUGCGCCGGCCGCGGCACCGAGGCUGGUGGGCGGCAGCAAUUCACUGGACGUGGGCAUUCGCUGGGGCUUUGGCCUGAUCCGCCGCCUGCGCGGGCUCCGCGCGGCCUUCGGCGCCUUCGUCCGCUCUUCCAUGCACGCCGCUGGGUUCCAGGAGGUUGCGACUCCUGCCGCCGGUCUGCUGCCCUGCCCCCCGCCCUUCGGGUGGGCUGCUGGUGCCCCCCCGCGGGGCGUGCGCGCUCGCAGGCGAUGGCUCCGCAUUCACGUCGAGCACAUGUGGGUCAACGCCGUCGUCCUCGCGCUCUCCCACUUGCACUGGGGCGAGUCGCGGAGCUGCCCGCCGCUCGCCCGCGCUGGGAGGCCUCUCAGUUCGUCUCAGUCCGAGAUGGUGUCCAGGCUGAGUAGGCUCGUGCGACCGAUGUGCCGGCCCCUGCAAUGGCAAGGUGGCCGCGUGGAGGCCGACGCUCUGCUCGACUAUCUCCUGCGUGCGAUCCAUCUCCCCGUGGGCGCUGUGGCGCCCGCUCCCGACUGCGAGAUGACGACCAUUGACCCGAGCAAGGCCCCCUUCGCCAAGGCCGAGUGCCACUUUGACCCCCUGGCGUUCCUGGCCCCGUUUGCCGCCGCCGCGUUCUUGGAGCCGCGGCUGCUGGCGCGGGAUGGGCCGGGCGCCGGCCCUCCGGCGCGCGCGGUCGGGCCCCCGGCCCGGCCCGCUCCUGCGAGGGCGGCCCGCCAGGCGGGCAAGCCGGGCGACCUCCUCGAGUACCUGAAGCAGUGGGACGACGUGGGGCGACUGGAGCUGGUCGACGCGGCCGACUCCCCGCAGUCCCUGCGAGGCACCCUGUGUCCCGUGUUCAAGGACGCCAGCACGCAGAGGGUCGUCUUCAAUCGCAUCGCUCGCAUCUCGUCUGAGUUGCCACUGGGUGGCUUCUCCAGGCUGACCCCGAGCGCCGCCAUGCUGGUGGACCUGGAGGUGCCUGCUGGUUCCGUCCUUCGCGUGUGGGCGGACGACCUCCAGGACUUCUACCCCGCCUUUGACUGCACCUACGACAUGGCUUGCACCAACGACGUGGCGCUCCCCCUCCCGACGAGGCUCUACGAGGGUUUCGCAGCGCUGGGCCGGCUUCGGAAGCGCUGCCGUCGUGAGGGCCGCGAGCUUCCCGAGAAAGUGGUUCCCUGCCACGGCGGCCUGAUCAUGGGGGGCCUGAACGCUCCCGACUGGGCGUGCGAGUCCCACGUGCGACUGCUCGUCCAAGCCGGCAGCUUCCCCCCAGAGCGGCCAGUGCUGAACCGCCACCUUGCCCCCGAGGGGUCUGCCUGGGAGGGCGUCGUGCUGGGCGACCACUUCGGCCUGGCUGUCGACGCUCCGGGCUCGCGGGGAGCUCGGCGAGCUAUCGAGGAAUCCUUCGCCCGCGCGCGCGAGGGCUAUGCGAAGGCGGGCCUCAGGGUCAGCGCUGGCAAGGAGGUGAAGGACGCGGCGGAGGCGACGGUCAUCGGGGCAGAGCUCCUGGGUCACGACCGGCUCGUCGGCGCCUCCCGCGCCCGCAGGCUGGCGCGGGCCUGGAUGGGCCUGUCCAUGGCUCGGGGCCGACGCUCCACUACGCUGGGACUGCAGAGAUUCCUUGGCAUGGGGCUCUUCGCCGCGCUGUUCCGGCGGCCGACUCUGUCGCUUCUCCACCACUGCUACAAGGAGGUCGACGUCGACCGCAACCCGCACGAAGUGUUCGACCUGAGCAGCGCGGCCUGCAACGAGUGCGCUCUGUUCGCAGUCCUCCUCCCGCUGAUGGCCACCGACCUCUCCGCGGGCUGGGGCCCGCACGUUCUGGCCUCGGACGCCUCGCACCUGGCCGGGGCGUCCGUCAAGACGCCGGCCUCAGCGCCCACCGCCAGAGCGUUCUGGCGCCAGCGCGAGCAGCGAGGCGCUCGCACGUGGCUGUACCCCUCAGGCUGGGCUGCCAUGGCCAACCCCGAGGACGGCGCCGUCCCGCAGGACCUGGAAGAGGAUGCCGCACCUCCCCCUGGCAUUGUCGACCCGACGGCCUCGCUCAUCGAGUACUUUGACGUGCUGGAGCUCUGCUGCGGGGAGGAGGCCCGCCUCAUGGGGUACCUCUCGGGCCGGGGCCUGCGCGCAGGCCCGAGGAUAGACAUCAAGUGCCGCAAGUGCUGGGACCUGGUCGACUCGCGCCUAGCGGAGUGGAUAGUAUGGCUGAUCUGGCAGAGGCGCGUCAAGAUGACCAUAUCGCAGGUUCCGUGCACCAGCUUCUCGAUCGCGAGGCACCCAAGGCUCAGGUCCAGGAUGCGGCCCUGGGGAUUCGACCCACCCUCGACCCCGACGCAUCUGGGGAACGUCCUCUUCAGGGUGGGCAUGCUGGCGCUGUUCGCCCACCUGAUCUCUGGCCACGGGGCCGCUUUGCACGAGCAUCCCCUGACGGCCUACUCCUGGCGCACGCACAUCGUCGAGUUCCUGCUGACGCACAAGGCCGUGGACCGCUUCGACCUCUCGAUGUGCCAGUUCGGCGCGCCUUGGAAGAAAGACACUAGCCUCCUGGUAGUGCGGGGCUCCUGGCUGGCGCCUAUGGCGAGGCGCUGUCGCGGAGGGCACAAGCACGCCGUCUUGGAGGGCGGCCUGACCCCCAAGGCCGCGCUCUACCCGCACGGCUUCUGUGACGAGCUGUCCAAGCUGAUCGCCGACAACCUGGACGGGCCGACCCCGCCGCCCCCGGCGGAGAGUUCGGCGCCCGCUAGAGCGUUCGAGGCCCUCUGGCUGAACGACUACGUCGGCUUCGCUCCCUGGCAGCUGCACUGCCACCGCCUUUUCCGCAAGCCCCUCCACGUCGACCUACUGGAGAUCGACGCAGCUUGCGACGCGGUGGACGAGCAGGGCCUACGGUUCCCUGAUUGCAAGCACAACCUCCUCCUGGACUCCCGCGUCUCGAUCGGGGCCAUCAGCAAGGGCCGCUCCUCGUCGACUGCGAUCAACAAGCUCUUGAGGAGGAGGGCCCCGUUGCAACUGGCCACGGGCUCGUACGUUGGGUGCCACUUCGCGCCGACGCGCCUGCAGCCAGCUGACAUCCCGUCGCGCACGCUCCGCGACCCGGCGAGCGCUCUGGCCCGCGGGGCCGAGGCCCCGCCGCCCGCUCCGUGCUGGCUGGCCGGCCUCGAGGCCGGGGGCGCCUCAGCCUUCCGCGCUUGGGCUGCGCUCCCGCUGCAGCGCCGGCAGCAGUCGCGGUGGGCUUGGCUG